UUAUCACAAUGAUCGUGGCAUGAACCCUAAAUCCUCAACAUGUUUGAGUGCUGUUUUUUUUUUUUGUCUGAUACACGCCCUUGGAUGAGUUCAGUGAAUGGCCAUUGGCCAGUCUCUUCUGAACCAACCAGAGUGUACUCUUACUCUUACCCAACACCCAACGAAGCACUUGCAGUUUCAGUUUCAGUGUUGAGGAAGAAGAAAAGAUGGAGUGGUGGAUGUCAAUGCCAAAGGUGGAACUCCAUGCUCACCUCAAUGGAUCCAUCAGAGGCUCCACUCUCCUAGAACUCGCUAGAGCUUUGUGGGACAAGGGUCUAAUAGAUUUUUCCCAAGUGGAGCAUGUUAUCCUUAAAAAUGAUCACAUGACUGUUACAAGAAUUGCGAAUGAAGUUGUUGAAGAUUUCGCAUCAGAAAAGGUUGUCUAUCUCGAAUUGAGAACCACCCCAAAGAAAAACGAUUCCCAAGGAAUGAGCAAACGUUCUUAUGUUGAAGCUGUAUUGGAAGGGAUAAGAUCUGUCAGCUCGGUUGAUGUGGCUUUGAUUCCUUAUACUGAGGAUCCUAGAAAUCUUUUAGAAUCUCUGCACGCAGCUACAAAUGAUAAAUGUGAUGGAAAUAGUAGGAAGAAAAUCUUUGUUAGGCUUCUCUUGAGUGCUGAUCGUAGGGAGACAACAGAAGCAACUAUGGAAACUGUGAAACUGGCACUGGAAAUGAGGCAUUUGGGGGUGGUUGGAAUUGACCUAUCUGGGAAUCUAAAGGUUGGCGAAUGGUAUGUCAAUCUAUCAAGGACUCUAGCAUAGUAAUUCGUAAUGAUGCUUUAGAUCAAAGUCUCCCGUUAUCUUUUUUUGGAAAAGAUACUUGCCAGCAUUGAAAUUCGCCAGAGAACAAGGUCUUUUUGUAACCCUUCAUUGUGGAGAGGUGCGCCAAUCUUUUAUUGUACCUGUUACCUGUGGUGAUUACCUGACUGGUCUGUUUUGCUUGUUUCGUGCUUUUAGGUUCCUAAUUCAAAGGAGAUACAAGACAUGCUCGAUUUUGUUCCCCAUAAUCGGACAUGCUUGUUUCUUUGAGGAGGAACACUGGAGAAAGUUGAAGUCUACUAACAUUUCCGGUUGAAAUUUAUUUGCUUGCUCACGUCCAUUGCUGCAACACAGGCAAGCAGCUUUGAAUAGCGUGAAAGGCUCACUUGGAGAUUAACUAGCAUUUAGAUCCGUCGUGAUUCCCCCUCCAUUCUAUGAAAUUUAAUGAAUUAAUAACAAAAGACUGAAAAUAUUGGCAAAACAUAGGCCAAAUAUCUAUUAAUAUAUAAUAAGAAUAUAGUUGUGGUAUUUGCUCGACAAGUGGAGUGUUCUGUGUUUGCCACGUGGAGCUGUGUAUGAUUGACAAGUGACUUUCAAGAAGAGAAUAUGAGAGAGAGAGUUGCCAGUUCUGAUAGGGGGAGUAGUUGGCACCAGACUUCCUCUUUCAAUGUCGCAGAGAAGAGAAGAAGAAAAGGUCGGUGAAGAAAUAAAGCACGACGGAAGAAGUGGUGGGUGGCGAUGACAACGACGGUCACAGAGAAGGAUGCUAGAUCGACAGAGAAAAGAAGAGGAAUGAGGCGGCGACGGCGGUGAUGGAGGUUACCGACGCUGUUGGAUCCAUAGAACUGCAUCUACCGCAGAAUGCCGUCGCAGCCGUUCCUUUGCCAGUGGAUGCUGCGAAUGAAGGAUGAACAUCUGAGGUGGUGAUUGACCUGCAAUUGCAAGUAAAAUUUUUAGUCUCUAUAAUUCUUUGUUGUGGUCUCUGAUGGAGUCUUUGAUUAUGCCAACAAUGUCCUCCAGGAACAACUUCUCCGACAAAGCUCAAGGUGUGAAAUCUGCUGCAACGUGCUCCAGCUGAAGUUGCACCUGCCAAAGCGGUAUGAAUGAUUCAUCUGCCUUAAUCGCUAUUUUUUUUACCUUUUUUUUUUUGUUUAAAUUGGAUCGUUUUUUUCUCUUCUUUAAUUUGUUCAGUUUAAUUCUUGGAUGGCACUCUUUAAAAUUUAACUAAGUUUAUAUGUAUUUAAAUAAUUUUGAUCUUCCUUUUCCUUCCAUAACUAACUUCUGUAUAUUUUGUUUCUGAGUUUUCUUUAAAAAUGAGUUUCAUACCAUAUAUAAAUAUUGAAAACUCAAGGGCACAUAGAUAAUGCAAACGGUUAAAGUCAUGUAUUACAUGCAGUAUUUUGUGAAUAUGCAGCAAUAAUACUAAUAAUAGUUGGUAAAUUAUCUGCUUUAAUUUUCUUUUUCUUCUGCUAUACAUGCAUGAUGAAUGUAGUUUUCCAUUUUUUAUUUUGUACUGUGAUUUCUAUUAACUCAGUAUACACCACUGUUGCAGUUUUAUGUUAUGGUUUGUUGGCAGUUUUUUAAUCAUUGAACCAUGCUCUUGACUAUUUUCUAUAGGUCUGUAACUAUAAUAACUUGAAAAUUAUAUAGAUUUUCUUUCCCCUAUUUUGUAAAAUAAAAAAUUUUAUAGUUAACUAAUUUAAAAAUAGGCCACUACAUGUAAAACAAACAUUUUUUUACUUUUUUAGUUAACUAAUUGAUUGUUAGCAUUUUAUUAGAGAAGAGAUCAUGAACUUGAAUUCUACAGUGAUUCCAUUAGCCUGUGUACUAAAGAGUUUAAUCGUAUCUUUUUUAUGUGCCCUUAAUGUUAUGAAAUUGGAUGUAGAUCCUCGAUUGCGGUUUAAUAGAAGAAGGCAGAGAUAAUAGGAGAUGUAUUCAUCCUAAUUUUGUAUUAUUGCUGAAAGUUUUCAAUUGCUCUCUCUUGCCUUUUGUGUUGUUCUUCGCUCCCCCUCUGAUUUGAACUUCUGUGUUUUCAAUUUUAAAGAUUUU